CUCUCGUUUCUUGUGGCGACCAUCGUCAGGGAUGUGUGUGUGUGAGGGUGAAGGGUGUGUGAGUGUGACUGUGUGUGUGUGUGUGUGUGUGUGUGCAUUUGAGUGGUGGUUAUUACAACUGUAAGGAUAUAUGAAUGAAGAAAGGCGAAGAGGAAGGAAAGGAAGGACGGAGGAGGAAAGCGGCAUUGAAGGGUGGAUCUGGAUUAACGUCGCUGCAGACAAAAAAAUCUGUCAUUUCCUCUGAGCUGCAGAGAUCUGAGAGGACAACAGAAGCCUCAUCACUCCAUCUUUGUUCCUGCAGAGGGAGGACUGAAGGAGGGAAGGAAGGAGUCGAGGACCAAAAGGGGGAAAGAAAGGAGGACUGAAACAAGGAAAAAAUAAUAGGAAGCAGGGAAGGAAAUAGGAUCGAAUCAGGGAAGGAGGGAGAGUGGGAGGAAGAGGGAGUCUGAGUCCUUGCUGGUCAUCAGGCUAACAUCACCUGAACUGUCUUGCUUCUGCUCUGAGGCUUCCUGGUUGAACUGAACAAGAUGUGAGCAGAUGUUACACGAGCCAGCGUGGGUGCUUUCCAGCUUUUAACCAGUCUUAAGGUCAUUAGGGAGUCAUGACAUCACAGGAGGAGGGAUCUUCAUUUAGGAGGUUUUUCCAAUACGUGGAGGACAGUGGACUUCGAAUAUACGAUGGUCUGGUGAUCCAAAACGCCUCCGACAUUGCUAGAGAGAGCGACCGCAUUCGCAACCAGACCAAUUGGACCUACCUGCAUGAAAAACACCAGAAAAAAAGACGGCAGGAAGAAAGCAUCAAGAGGAUUGGUGAGGAUGUUGCCGCGGCCUCGGAUGAGGCGUACUCUGGGAAACACUUCAGGAUGGGUUUCAUGACGAUGCCAGCUCCACAGGACCGAUUGCCCCCAGCCAGCCAGGGCUUCACCGUCAGAUCCCAGUCCCUCCACUCAGUGGGCGGAGGAGAAGAUGACUCCAGCAGCAGCCGCAAACAACCCCCACCCAAACCUAAGAGAGAUCCCAACACCAAAUUGAGCAGCAGCUCCGAAACUGUGGAUGGGGGUGGAGUUACAAGAAGAGACCACCAAGACACCAAAGAGAAGCUAGAACAGGCUGAAGCUCAAUGUUUCCUGCACUCUGAAGAUGCCUCCAAGAAGAUGCCUCCACCUAAACCCAAAAGGAAUCCCAACACUCAGCUCAGCACCUCCUUUGAUGAGUGCUACAUCCGUAACCAUGGCAACAAGAAGUCUUCCUUGCAGUGGGACAAAUCUUCAUCCCAAAGUCAGAGUCCAGCAUCCAGGGACACGGACGAUGAGGAGCCAGUUUACAUUGAGAUGGUGGGAAACAUCCUGCGAGGGCUGAAAGGUCAGGAAGCAGAGGAGGACGACCAGAACGAAUCGGUGUACGAGGAGAUGAAGUACCCAAUGCUGGAAGACUUUCUGCAGGACACGAAUGCUGCCAUCAUUGACCCUGAAGCUUGGUCAUCCCGCGGAUCACUCUGUGACAUUCCUCCACCUUUCCCAAAUCUCCUGACUCACCGCCCACCACUGCUCAUCUUCCCACCUGCCCCCGCUCAGUGCUCCCCAAACUCAGAUGAGUCCCCCCUCACCCCUUUGGACGUCACACGCCUCCCCAUGUUAGAAAACGUCUCCUACAGCAAGUCGGGCAGUGUUGAACAGCCGCAGAGCUCCACUCACUACCGCAAAGAACGAGACCGGGACGUGCCCUCCACUCACACCAUCACAUCUUCUGGUCGCUCCUCAGCUCCACCUCUCCCCUCCAGCCUUUACAAGUCAUCCAGCACCACACACGGUGGUCACGGUUACCCCCGCAGCCAGUCAGCAUGCCCAUCUCCUGUCAGCAUGGGACGCUCGCUAACACCUCUGAGCCUGAAGAGGCCACCACCGUAUGACACCCUGAUGGCAGGAGGAAGUAUGCCUCGCUCUUCAUCUUCAUCUUCAUCAUCUUCACACAGGGCAGGUGAAGGAGGGGCUAAACUCAGUAACUCCUCCUCCACACAUGGGUCCAUGCAGAACAUGUCCGUGAGGUCACAGACUCCAACAAGUCCACUAGACGAACUCAACAACCUGUUUGCAUCAGGUAGACAGGUGAUGAAGAGGGGGUCAGGAGGGAGGAAGAGCAGGGAGGGUGAAGGAGAUGGCAAGUCCAGACAUGACAGUAAAGACAGAGAUGGACAGUCGAGUCCGGUUUCCAGCAGGAUGGGGAGGUCAUCUGUCAGUCCCACCAUGAUGCUGACAGGAGGAGGAGAACCAAAGUCUGCGGGUAAGCUCGGCCGUUCAGCUUCGACUUCAGGAGUUCCUUCACCAGGUGGCACGCCACAUCGUCACCUGCAUGAGCCGCAUCACCUUGCCCUAAGCCAGAUGCCAUGGCUAUGUGGCGACGCCACCAUGAUGGAGAUGAUUGAGAAAAAGAGAGUUUUAUGUCGAGAGAUCAAAGCUCGUCAGCGGCCAGAUAAGAAUCUGUGCAAACAGGACAGUAUGCCCAUCUUGCCCAGCUGGAAGAGGAAGCAGCCACCGCCAUACUCGGCCUCGCCCACUGCCGCUGGCCACGCUGCCACCGUGUUCUGGGACACCGCCAUCUGAAAGACAAAUACUCGCACCAUGAAACACCCAGAACAGUGUUGUGUAAAACGGAGAAACACAGCAAUGAUGAUCAUGAUGAGGUUCCACCCUGCACUGAAUGCUUUAAUGUGAUCAAAGAUGCUUUUCCUUCCUUGUUUCACGAGAGCAAGAGCAGAGCCACUGCUGAAAGUCAUCUGACUAAACUUCUUUCUGCCCUUCUGAGCAUCUUCACUUUUUUACAUGAAAUCAAGUUAUACUGAAUCUAAUAGUCAUGAAAGAGCAAACGUUCUUCAGUUAUAUACAAAAACUGACAGGUGGAGCUGCUCCUCCUUGUGGUAUGUUUGUCACUUAAAGAAAGAACAUACCACAGUAAAGCUGCAGAUGUCCUGAUGUGUCCAGGUCCGUUCACCAUCAGAAGAAUAAUCAGAGAAAUCAGUCAAUCUGUGCAGAGGGCAGUAAUGCACACAGAGCCCUCUAGGAAGGAAGUUUCACCUCCAGGAAAAGGCACUGUCCAAAUCAGCGUCUUCACAGAGAAAGGGGGUGUGGUUUCCCAGUGAUCUGGAUAUUGAUUAGCCAAUCUGUUUCCUUGCAUGGGUUAAGCAGGAAGUUGCCCCUGGGGUUACCUGAUAAGCAGCGCUAGAAGGGCGUGGUCAUUCGGGUGUAGCAGAGCUUUCUGUCGUCUUUCUACUCGUUAUUUUUCUAUCUGUAAAAGACUCUGAUGUUUUUUUUAAGUCUGACAGUUGUGUAGCAGAAAAAGGUCAUUUAUAAAGUAUGUAACAAAAAGGCUGAAAAUGUUGCUUAAUCGUGUUUUUAUAUUUAAAACAUUAAAGGCUUGCUCAUCUGUGUGUGAAAGAAUUGUCAGGACGUGACCAUGUUUUAUAUGGAAAACACUUUUAUUCAGAUGAGAAAAGCUAUUUUGGAAAGAGAAUAUUUUGACAGGUUGUUUGUUCGUCUGCUCUCAUCAGCUGCCCCCGACUGUCGUCAACAACAGGGAGAGACAGCUUUGUCAGGGUCAAAGGUCACUUCUUUGGGGGCAGUAGAUGAUGAUGACGGUCUGCAGAAAGCUUUCGCUUGAUGAAUGCAGUUUAUUGAUCAUUGGUGAAUGAGCUGAUUGAUUAUCAUGAUGUCAAAUCAAAGCCCUGAAUCAAAGCAUUAUGGGAUAUCAGAUAAAUGUAAAUCAGCCUCAAGCCAUGUGGCGUCUGACUACAGACAAGAUGGAGGACAGGAAAUCAUGUGACAUCAGCAGCACCCGGCAUUUGAAGUCUUGGCUCACAGCAACCUCGCUCUUGUGUAACAGAGGAGCAUCUCAGCCGGGGUUAUAAUCCAGUCAUGUGACGUCUCCACCUCAGCUGAUUCUACAAACAUCAAAGUUUGACAGGAAUGAUGAGGGCCCGUUCCUCGUCGUCGUGCACGCCCCGCCUACUCGGCCACGUGUAAACGACCGCACGUGUCUUCCAGUUCUGAGGUCACGUGACUUCCUGUCUGCCACAGAGGUUAACCAUCUUGUCCGCAGCUGUUCUCGAAGCCGUGGGGAGAUUUCAUAUUUGGAUAUGCACACAAACUCUCACACUCGCUGUGAUCAAUACAGAGUGUGAUCGUGUCAUCUAUAGCGUCCUUGUUAACGAUUUGAUGCUUUUUGUUCCUGUAAUCAACCAAGUGCACUUCAGUUUGUAAAAGUCGAUAUUAAAAUAAAACUUUAUUAACUUGUCCUGAGAAAUUUUAAGAUUAAUCAAUGAACAGAAUCAGUGUCUGUGAAACAUACGAUUGAUCGUUCCCUCAGACUAUCAGUGAAAUGUUUAAAUCAUUGUAUCUGUUCCCACCGCACUCGGUGUCACUGAACGUUACACACCAGAACCACAGCAGGACAGAUUCUACUGCGAUCCCAUGAUGCUGACUGUAGCUGUGCAGCCAGGUAACAACGUGAUGAUGAUGAUGAUGUCCAUUCCCACAAAGACUUCCUGAGCUUGCUCAGUUUGUCUUCAUCCUUUCCUCUGUGCCAGAGUGUGAGCAGCCGUAGCACAGGCUGUAGCAUCAGCAGCCGGUCAGAGAGAGGGACCAACAUGUAAUCAGUACAUCAUCACUGUAUCACUAAAAGAUGACGGUACUGUAUGUAAGGUAAUUACAUACAUGUAAUGUCAUGUUGACCACUGCACUGAGGGAACAGUCACAUGACUUGAGAGUGUCACAUGACUCCUCCAUGCAACACGAAAAACUAAAAUAUUUUAUUCUUCAAGUGACGCCUGGUUUAAGGCUCGGGAUGAUGAUGUAAAGGUCAGUCACAUAAAAAUCAGGUCAGUGAAGACUCAUUUUGUCCACAUGAUGGCGCUGUUUCACUCUCAUUCGUGUACUUCACCUGUGGGCAGGUGUCUCUGUGACUGAGUAGAGUGCUGGCACUGAAUCAGGGUCCUGCUCCAGAAAGCAGCUUCAGUUAAAACUCCUGAAUGACGGUUAAACUCUGAGUCCGUUACUGUGGCAACAGACUCUGUGAACUUCACCUUUUCACUGGCAGGUGUUCUCUCUGACUCCGCCCCGAGUCCUUCAGCCCAACCAUUUGACUGACCUUCCAUUUCGUAGAAUAGCUGUCAGAGAUCAGAGCGAAGUUCGUACAAACACUUAUUUUUCACUGUAACCUCUGACCUUAACACAUUCUCAGUGGGUAUGCCAGACAGCAGGGAGUCCACAGCACUCACUCUGCAGGAUGGAUCCAAAUUGGAUCAGGAGCACGGAUUCAGACCGGAUCAGACCGAGGUUCGGUUCGGCUCUGUUUUGGAACUGUGUUCCCGAUUUAAACGUCUCUUCCUGAAAUGUUCAAACCGUGUCUGAGCGGCAUGCAGACAGCUCUAUAACAGAUGCUGUAGGCAAACUGGCUCUGAUCGUUGGAUUUAAGGUCAAAGGUCACAUCAGGUGAUCUAAAUCAAACUUUAUUCAGUCUGUGACGAUGACAGAGUGCUCUUUGUUGACUCUUUGCCCUGGUCUGUCAGGCUGAACAUACUCAGAGCUGAUUGGACCAGCUCGAAUCUUCUGGAACAGGAAGUUCAGAGUUUGCUGAAGCUGCUUCCUGGAUCAGGGUCCAGGUGAACGAGUUCAGGGUCUGUGUUUAUUUUUAUUGACUGUUGUGACACUGUGAUGAAAAUAAAUCUGAUUUUUAAUGAA